AUGCUUCACACCAUCGCAAGUAGCCACCCAAACAUUGCCGCCAUUCACCAGGUGCUUCACGAUGAUGACUACACCUACAUUGUCAUGGACUACAUCCCAGGUGGUGACUUGUUUGCCAUGAUUGCCGACCGUGGGAGAUACAUUGGAGAUGACGAGCUCGUCCGCUCCGUCUUCCUCCAGAUUGUCGACGCCGUCCGCCACUGCCACGACAUGGGCAUCUACCACCGUGACCUCAAGCCCGAGAACAUCCUAUGCUCAGCCGACGGGACAAAGGUUGUUCUGGCCGACUUUGGGCUUGCGACUACAGAGCCCUUCAGCCGUGACUUUGGAUGCGGCUCCACCUUUUACCUCUCCCCUGAAUGCCAGGGUGGGCUGUUUGAGCCAGUUGACAACUACUCGACAGUCCAGGCUGACCUUUGGUCACUCGGUAUCAUCCUCAUCAACCUCGCCUGCGUCCGGAACCCUUGGAAGCAGGCCACCAUCGACGAUGAAACGUUCCGCGCCUACAUCGACAACCCAUCCAUCCUUGGAAGAAUCCUCCCCGUCUCCGACUCCACAGCCGAGAUCUGCGCAGGCCUUUUCGCGUCCAACCCCGCAGACCGCAUCACCCUCGCCCAGCUCACCAGCAUGGUCAAGAGGGCACCCUCUUUCUCAGCACCGCCGCCGAUGCCCGUGCCUCCUCCCAUUCCAGUACGCGCACAGCCCGCAAAGCCACGACGGCCACCACAGUCCAUUCCCUCAUCCAAUGCCUCGCCCUACAUCUCGUACUUGCCCUCGUACACUUCCGAGUAUGUGCAGACCCCGCCAUCCGACAUGUCCGAUCUUUACGGGUAUCUCGUGGGGCCACCACCCAGUCCCUACUCGCCCCAGUUCCACCAUCACUAUGUCCCAUCACCGUCGCCGAGAUACAUCACCGCGCCCGUGCACCACCCGGCCACGCCUGCAGGGACCCCCGGCCUCGUCGGGUCCGAGGUGUGUGAUUUCGGGUUUGGCGCCAGUAACACGAACUCGUCCGACUGCCAUCUCCCGACGCCGCGAAACAGCCCCAUGCCCGUGCCCAUGCCGAAGCUUAUGCCGGCCCAUCACGGCUGUAGCGGCAAGCUCCAGGGCCUCGUCGAGUCAAUCCCCCACCUGCACAACCACAAACUCGCCUUUGUUUAG